AUGCUUAACUGCAAACCAGCUGCCACGCCUGUCGACACGAAGGCCAAGCUCUCUGCCACUGAUGGUUCUCUAGCUUCAGAUGCUUCGUUCUACCAGUCGAUUGUUGGUGCUCUUCAGUACCUCACUCUUACUCGUCCGGAGCUUCAGUACGCCGUGCGGCAGGCUUCGACCUCUUUGGACUUGAUUGCCUACUCUGACGCUGACUGGGCCAGCUGCCCUGACACGCACCGCUCGACCUCCGGCUAUUGCGUCUAUCUUGGACCAUCACUCAUCUCCUGGUCGUCCAAGCGGUAG